GGGGCACCCCCGGGGCAGGACCCAUGAGGAGUCAAAGAAGAUGCUCACAGCCUGGGCGCUUCUGCUCUUCUUAGCCAUGUGGGUGAGAAGCACCUCUGGUGGCCCGCUCUCCUUCAGAAUAGCUGCCAUCCUUGAUGACCCUAUGGAGUGCAGCAGAGGAGAGCGUUUGGCCAUCACGCUGGCCAAAGACAGCAUCAACAGGAACAGCAACCGCUCAACCACUGGCAAGCUGGAGGUGGACAUCUUUGAACUGCUGAGAGACAGCGAAUAUGAAAUGGGAGAAACAAUGUGCCAGAUCAUGUCUAAAGGGGUGGUGGCAGUCCUCGGCCCCUCUGCCAGCCCAGCCUCCAACUCCAUCAUCAGCAAUAUCUGUGGAGAGAAGGAGGUGCCCUAUGUCAAGGUGGCCCCAGAGGAUAUUCUGAAGGUUCAGUUUCCUCGGUUCACCACUCUGGACCUGAGGCCAACCAACACCGACAUCAGCCUGGCUGUGGCCGGCCUUCUCACCUUCUUUAACAGCACCACCGCCUGCCUCAUCUGUGCACAGGCUGACUGCUUAUUGAACCUGGAGCAGCUCCUCAGGCAGUUCCUCAUCUCCAAGGAGACUCUGUCAGUGCGCAUGCUUGAUGACAGCCAAGACCCGACCCCGCUCUUGAAGGAGAUACGAGAUGACAAGACUGCCACUAUUAUAGUCGAUGCCAACGCCACCAUGUCACAUAUCAUUUUAGAACGGGCAUCAGAGCUGGGAAUGCUGUCAGUGUACUACACUUACAUCUUCACCUCUCUGGAAUUCUCUUUACUCCGACUGGACGAUGUGGUGGACCAACGAGUGAACAUCGUCGGUUUUUCAGUCUUCAACAAAACUCAUCCCUUCUUCCAGGAUUUUGUGCUCAGCCUCAACCGCUCCUGGCAAGAGAACUGUGAUCACGCACCCUUCGCCGGCACUCCACUCUCCUCAGCUCUGCUCUUUGAUGCGGUAUACGCGGUGGUGGCGGCGGUCCAGGAGUUGAACCGUAGCCAGAAUGUUGGCGCCACUCAGCUUUCCUGCAAGUCCUCCAAGAUCUGGGAGCAUGGCACCAGCCUCAUGAAUUACCUGAGGAUGGUAGAAUUGGAAGGUCUAACAGGCCACAUUGAAUUCAACAGCAAAGGCCAGCGAUCUAACUACGCCCUGAGGAUCAUGCAGAACAGCAAGGAUGGCCUAAGGCAGAUUGGCCUGUGGCAUUCAGAAGAUGGACUGUCCAUGGAGAGAAAGCUUCCAUCAAUCAAUGUGACAGACACCCUCUUCAACACUACUCUUACCAUCACAACAAUAUUAGAGAAUCCGUAUGUGAUGCUGCGGCCGAACCACCAGGAACUGGAGGGAAAUGACCGCUACGAAGGCUUCUGCGUGGACAUGCUGAAGGAGCUGGCAGAUAUUCUAAAGUUCAAGUAUCGCAUCCGGCUGGUCGGAGACGGGCUGUACGGAGUUCCUGGAGCCAAUGGAACGUGGACCGGCAUGGUCGGAGAGCUCAUCUCAAGGAAAGCUGACCUGGCAGUUGCAGGCCUCACCAUCACAGCAGAGCGUGAAAAGGUCAUUGACUUCUCCAAGCCCUUCAUGACCCUCGGCAUCAGCAUCAUGUACCGCGUCCACCUGGGACGUAGGCCAGGCUACUUCUCCUUCCUGGAUCCCUUCUCCCCCGGAGUCUGGCUCUUCAUGCUUCUGGCCUAUUUGGCUGUCAGCUGCGUCCUCUUUCUGGUGGCCAGAUUGACACCGUAUGAGUGGUACAACCCCCAUCCCUGUCUAAAGGGUCGUUGUAACCUGCUGAUCAACCAGUACUCGCUUGGCAACAGUUUCUGGUUCCCUGUCGGAGGCUUCAUGCAGCAAGGAUCCACCAUUGCUCCCAGAGCUCUGUCAACACGUUGUGUCAGCGGAGUGUGGUGGGCCUUCACAUUAAUCAUCAUCUCAUCCUACACCGCCAACCUGGCUGCCUUCCUAACGGUCCAGAGGAUGGAAGUGCCGAUAGAGUCCGUAGACGACCUGGCAGAUCAGACGGCAAUAGAGUACGGCACCAUGCAUGGAGGAUCCACAAUGACCUUCUUCCAGAACUCUCGCUACCAGACCUACCAGCGUAUGUGGAACUUCAUGCACUCGAAGCAACCCAGUGUGUUUGUGAAGAGCACAGAGGAGGGCAUCGCCCGCGUCCUCAACUCCAACUAUGCCUACUUGCUGGAGAGCACUAUGAACGAGUACUACCGCCAGAGGAACUGCAACCUGACUCAGAUCGGAGGUCUGCUAGACACCAAGGGCUACGGCAUCGGCAUGCCAGUGGGGUCAGUGUACCGUGAUGAGUUUGACCUGGCCAUCCUCAAGAUGCAGGAGGACAAUCGUUUGGAGAUCCUCAAGAGGAAGUGGUGGGAUGGUGGCAAGUGUCCAAAGGAGGAGGACCACCGUGCCAAAGGUCUGGGCAUGGAGAACAUCGGCGGUAUCUUUGUGGUGCUGGUGUGUGGCCUGCUGGUGGCUAUCUUCAUGGCAGUGCUGGAGUUUGUCUGGAUGUUAAGGCAGACACCAGGAAAUGAGCAGUCAGUGUGUGAGGAGAUGCUGCGGGAGCUCCAGGGGAUCGUACUGUGCCGCGACAGCCUGCAGGUGAGGCGCCGGCGGGCGGCCUCAGUGAUGCGGCCACGGCCUUUACCCCUGGAGGAGCGCCGGGCACGAGCCGCGGCCGUCAGCCUCAGCAACGGCAAACUGUGCGGGGGCACCGGACUGCCUGAACCCCUCUCACACAGACUUGCACAGGAAGCUGCCCUGGUUGCGAGGGGGUGCAGCCACAUCCGCAUUUGCCCCGAGUGCCGGCGCUUCCAGGGACUGAGGAUGCGUCCUGCGGGGGCCACCGGGGCCCUCCCUUCUCCCACGCACAGUGAAGAGAGCAUAGAGUGGGACAAGACCACAAAUAGCAGUGAACCUGAAUAA